GACUCCAGUUCUUGUUGUGGUAAGUAACAACUUAGAAUGAGAGGAAGCCAUCACUUCCAAAGGGAAGUGCUGACAUAUUCAGUGAUGGUGGGUAUGCAAUUCUCCACAGUUGGGAUAAACACACUCUUCAAAGCCGCAACAAUGGAGGGCAUGAGCCCUUACGUCUCUGUUGCUUAUAGCUAUGGAAUCGCCUCUCUUCUCCUUCUCCUUCCUACUCUCUUUUCCCACAGUUCAUCACCAAGAGCUGUUGACGUUCCUCCCCUGACCAUACCAAUCUUGUGCAGAAUCGGCCUUCUGGCACUCGCAGGACAUGUUUAUCGUAUGCAGAAGCUCGUCCCGGCUGACAGGCUUCACGGGCCUUUAUUACAGUUCCCCAACCCUGUCGUCCGCCAUCGGCAACCUCUGUCCAGCUUUCACAUUCAUACUUGCCGUCUUGUUUGGGUAAAACUAAACUCUCCAAGCCCUCCAUUCAUCAAAACGCAUCUCUGGCUCCUUUGUAACUUGUUUCCUUUGGGGAAAAAAAGGAUGGAGACAGUUGUGAUGGGAAGAAGAUCCAGCCAGGCCAAAAUAUUGGGCACAACUGUGUCAAUAGCAGGCGCAUUCGUCAUAACAUUUUACCAAGGUCCGCCGAUCUGUAUCACCCCAUCUGCAUCAUCAUCUCGACUCGGCCAUUCUCUAGUUCAUUCCACAGCAGCACAAAACUGGGUUCUUGGUGGCAGUUUGAUCACUCUACAUUAUGCACUGGGUACUUUGUGGACGAUUCUCAUGACACAGAUAAUGAGUGACUACCCUUCGGAGCUCACAGUAAUCUUCAUCUACAACACAUUUGUAAGCAUUAUAAGUGCAGUUGUUGCUCUGUUUGCUGAAGGAACAUCCUCGAGUGCUUGGAUAAUGAGCUCAAACACCACACUAGCCUCAGUCAUUUGCACAGGGGUGUUUGGAUCGUGCUUGAACAAUGCCGCUGAAGCAUGGGUGCUGCCGAUAAAGGGACCCGUUUUUGCUAACAUGUUCCUUCCGUUUGGAAUGGUGAUCGCUGUCGCCAUGGGCGUAAUGCUGCUAGGUGAUACUCUGCAUCUUGGAAGUCUCCUCGGAGGGACAGCCAUAUCCAUCGGCUUCUACAUGUUCAUGUGGGGAAAGGUGAAAGACCAAAACGAUGACGGCACCGCAAAAACAGAGCAGAAUGCCGAUUACCAUAGUAGCAGCAGCAAUGCAGAUAAGGUUCCAUUACUAUAAGCUACCUAGGAACAGAUCGAGGCAGUUUAAGGCGGAGUAAAGUUUGCCUCAGUUUCAACAUUUCCCCCCAUCUGCAUUGAUCCUAUGAGCACGAUGCUACGAUGUAGAAUCUUCCAUGUAAAUUCUAAUUGAUAAGUUGUAAAAUAUUACAACCCCACAACAAUCCCACAAUCAACAAUCCAACGAUCCAUUUGCUAGCCCAUAAGCUCACCAAGCUGGCGCAAACUUGAUCCUAAAGCUCAAAGUAGGCAAGUAGCUGACAGAAAGUUGGAAGCAGCUUCCCACAACAAAGAGUUUAAAAGUAAAAAAAAAUCAUUUAACA